AUGGGGUGCGGAGGCGGGCUGGGGCUGACGGCGAUACUGGCGGCCGCCGUUCUGUGCGGGGCCGGGGGGCUGGCCGGCCGCGUCCUCAGCGGUCAAAAGGUGUGCUAUGGAGACUUCAAGCAUUCUUGUUACAAGUUAGCUUAUUUCCAGGACUUGUCUAGACGUGUGGGCUUUCAGGAGGCCCGCCAAGCUUGUGAAAUUGAUGGCGGAGCUUUACUGAGCUUGGAAAGUGAAGCUGAGCAGCAACUAAUAGAAAACAUGUUGCAAAACCUCACUAAAUCAGGCUCCGGGAUUUCUGAUGGUGACUUCUGGAUUGGGUUGUGGAGAAGUGGCGAUGGACUAUCCACCUCAAGUGCUUGCCCUAACCUCUACCAGUGGGCCGAUGGAAGUAUUUCACCAUUCAGAAAUUGGUAUACAGAUGAGCCUUCCUGUGGAAGUGAAGCCUGUGUUGUGAUGUAUCAUCAGCCAACUGCAAACCCUGGUCUGGGAGGGCCGUAUCUUUAUCAAUGGAAUGAUGAUAGAUGCAACAUGAAGCACAAUUUUAUCUGCAAGUACAGCCCAGAUAAUGUCUUAGAAAAAGCAUUAGGAGACAGAGCGGAGCAAGAUUACGAUACUUUUCCUACAGUACCAGCAGGAAAUACUUAUGACACAAGUAAACCAGAAGAUCAAUAUCAUGUUAUUGCUACUGAAACAGGUAUAAUUCCAAAUCUAAUUUAUGUCGUAAUACCCACUAUACCACUACUGCUGUUGAUACUAGUGGCUUUUGGGACUUGCUGUUUCCAGAUGCUUCAUAAAAGUAAAGGAAGAACAAAAACCAGCCCAAACCAGUCCACACUAUGGAUUUCAAAGACGCCUAGGAAGGACAGUAGCAUGGAGGUAUAAUGAUUUACUGACUGAAAACAAAGCAAAAAUAACUUUUUGUGGUCAAG